AUGAAUGACCUCGCUACCCCCUCGAAUAACGACAUCCACCAGUCUGAUCGUGGCGGGCUUCGGCUUCAGGACAAUCGGCUAACUGGUGGCAACAACUUCGAAUACCCCCCUCGAACCCCCACCCCUCCAACGACAUCCACCAGUCUGACCAUGGCGGGCUUCGACCCCAGGACAAUCGGCUGA